UUUCCCUAGAAACAAGUCUAUCGAACAUUCAAAUUUAAAUAAUCAUAAAAUGUCUAAUACUGAAGUUAUUGAAAUACAUAAUUCAGCACACAAAGAUAAAAAGGAAAACCACCGAGAUUUAUGGAAAAAAUUAGUAAAAGAAACCGACGAUUUGGUAAAAGAGGUGGAAGAAUAUAAACGUUCGAAAACACCGGUUCUAGAUCCUCCCCCACAUCCAGUUAUUGAUUAUUUAAAUGAAACUGUUUUCCCAGUUCUUAACCGCGGGUUAAUAAAAAUGCUUGAAAAAGUAAAGGAGCAAGAAAGCGAAAUUUUUACAGAAGGUGACACUUAUCUUAAUAGUCUUAAUUUUAUUGCAGAAUAUCUCUGGAACAUGAAUCCUAGACAUCCAGAAAGAAAAGAAAACUGGACACAAAUUACUAACAUCUUUGGAAAUAAAUAGUUAAUUACUA